AUGAGUGAUGACUUAAAACGAAUUGAUGAAGAGUUUGACUUGUUGAUUAAUGAAAACUGUUAUGCCCUUGAGAAUUAUGAUAAAAUAUUAUCUAAAUUACUAGUCCUACUGAAUAGAUCAGAAAUUGUUAAUAAAGUUUAUACCGAAAAAAUUAAACACUUCAAACUACGUCAACUGGAAUUAAACAAUUGGUUGUUUGAAAUACGUUCUAUCAUUGAUGAAGAGGAAAGAUCAAGGUUGGAGUAUAAAUUUUAUGAAUUAAUUAUUGAUGAUUAUGCAACUGUUCCUAUUUGGUCUAGCUGGUUAAGAUUAGCAAAAGAAUUAAAUUCAAAUCGUAUUUUGUCUGAUGAAGAUUACAGAGCAUUAAUAUUUAGGUCAUUAUAUACUUGCGGAAAUGAUUUUGCAACUGGUCAUAUAAUUUGGGAUUGGGGAUUGGAUUAUUUUUAUCAAAACUUUUUAGGAUCUAAUGAUUCAACUGACUUGAAUACUUUGGUCAAGUUACAUUUAAAAAGGUUGGGCAUCCCAUCAACUAAAUUAGAUGAAUCUUUUCAGGAGUUUUCGUCAUUGAUAAGUAAUCAUAAAAGUCAAAGCUACGAUGAGUUAAUACAAGCAGGUAAUGAAAUUUACACAUCAGCUAAAAAAAAAUCUUCAUAUUAUGAGAAAUAUGAAUCUCAAAUAGUAGAAAAUUCAAAACUUCCUGAAGUUUGGAUUGAGUAUAUGGAAUCAGUAUGGAAAUAUCUGACUGAAAAAAAUUUAGCUUCAAUCCAGGCAAUUUUUGCAAGAUCAAAUCAAGAUGAAGUUUCUUUUUCAAACAACCGGCAACAAGUUUGGAUGGCGUUUUUGAACACACUAUAUUCAUCACAAGAUACAAAUCCUAAAGUUAUAACUCAAAUUCUUGAAAAUUACGUAAGAACUUUCCCAAAUUCUUGUUCGGCUUAUGCUGAAAGUAUUAAGAAUUGCAUAGCCAUGCCUUCAAAUGGUAAUACAGUCUACAACGCUUUAAAUAAUAGGAUUAACAUGAUAGAUUUGAAAAAUUCAGUCGAAUACAAUGAUUGGAAGAAAAUACCCUUAGCAAGUAUUCAAUUCAAAUUUCAAAAAGUAAACGCUGAUGACGAUAUGGAACUGCUUGAAGUCUUGCUAGAUACCCUGGUUGAAGAUGCAAUAAAGAAUAACGAUGAAUUUCACUCAGUUGAGAAACUAGCAGUUUUGAUUUAUAAAAAACGAAAUCAAGUUAGAAAAGCAAUGAAUGUGAUCGAGUCCUUGUUCUCAACUUUUAGCACAGAGGCAGAGGUUUGGAUUUAUGGACUUCAAACAAUGGUUGAAUUUAAUAUUGAUUUUCCGAUGAUAAGAGGUCAAUUGAAGAAAGCUUUAUCAUUCGAAUUGGAUAAUCCGGAAAAAUUGAUUGACCAAUGGUUGCGGUAUGAACAAGUCUAUGGAGAUUUAAAUUCAUAUAGGCAAACUACUGUAAGUUGUAAUUCUUGGUUAGAAAAAUUGCAGCGUCAAAAAUCAGAAAAAGUUGACGUGCCUGUUGAAAGAAAAAGAAAUCAUGACAUAGCCGAAAAGAGCCAUAGAUCCAGAGAAGAAUUUUCAGUUCAAGUAAACAAUUUACCACUUGAUAUAACCAAAACUGAGAUUGAAAAAUUUUUUAAUGAUUGUGGAGAGAUUAAGGACAUAAAUAUAAUUCAUUAUAAUGAUGAAAAACAAGCAGUUAUUGAAUUUUCAAACGAAUUAGAAGUUUUCUCCGCAAUUACUAGAAACCAUAAAAUUUUAGGAUCAAAUGAAAUUCGAAUUAGUCGAGUUGAAAAAACUUUACUAUUUGUUAACAAUUACCCUAGUACUUUAAGUCAAUUACAAGUAAGAGAAAUUUUUGAAAGUUUUGGCCCCGUUGUUAGUAUAAGAUUCCCAUCACAAGCUAAAAACAAAAUAAGAAGAUUUUGUUAUGUCCAGUUUCUCAGACAUGAGGAUGCUCAAAAUGCUAUUAAUUUAUUUGAUGGUCGGAAAUAUAAUGAUGAAAAUCUCAAUAACAAAGAGUUGACAUGGGAAGUAAAAUAUUCAAUGCCUCAAGAACGUAAAGAAAGAACUACUCCGAUGUCUGAGCGAAAAAUAAGAAUUACAAAUAUAGCAUUUUCAAUUACGGAAGAAGAAUUAAGAAAAGAAUUUUCUGAAUUUGGAGAAAUUGAUCUGAUUUCUUUGCCGAAAGCUAUCUAUGACACGAAGAAGAGAAAAAUGAAACAGAAUGGUGGUAUCGCGAUAAUAACAUUUCAAAAUGCAGACAGUGUUGAUGACUCCUUGUCGAAAGAUGGGUUUUUAUUUAAGAACAGGCCAAUUAAAGUCACCAAGCAACAGCCACCGAUUAAUUACACACCUGAUGAUUUUGAUGAAUUAAAGACCAUUGGAUUAAUUCAUUUAAACCCUUCAUUAAACCAAUAUCAGAUAAAGAACCACCUAGAAAAUAAUUAUGGUAAAGUCAACAAGAUAAUGUUGUUACCUGAUCUUAACUCAGCUUUGAUUGAGUUUCAAUCUGUUAAAGAUAGCGGUAGAGUUGGGUUAAAUGGAGGCUCUAUCAUUAUUGAUAAUUUUUCAACACAAGUCACAACUAAACAAGAUGUAACAAAAUUAAUCAAUUUCACUGCUUCAAAGCCUACUUCGAGUUCAGACAUGGUACCUCUGAAUAAUGCAAAAAAUAAAUACCCUAUGAUUCCCACGUCUAUCAAAAGAAGAAAAACUUAA